AGCUGCAAACACAAACGCUGGCAAGUGGCAGGAAAUGCACCAGUGCAAGAGGGGUCAGGCAUCCCGGAGCCCCGGACAGGGCAGCAUUCGAUGCGACGGACCACGGUUCACGAGAGGGACUUGGUUGUUGGUUCCCCAGCGCUUGGUCCCCAGCGCCACCACGUCGUGCACUCGUGGUCUGGACGCAACCGCCGAGAGCACGCGCCGCACAGCACCAUAGAACGCCAGACAUCGAUCGCCGCUGUCUAGAUAGCGCUGGACGGGCACGAGAAGCGAGCAACGCAGAGCCAGCCGAUAGGAUGGCAGACGCUGACAUUGCCGCCGUGGCCGCCGCCGGCACCGGCACCGGCACCGAGGUCCCAGCCCAGCCGCUGGCGGGGCGCGUGGCCAUCGUGACCGGUGCGUCGCGGGGCAUCGGGCGCGCCAUCGCGGCGCACCUCUCCUCCCUGGGCGCGAGCCUCGUGCUGGGCUACGCGUCGCGCGCCGACGAGGCCGACGCGCUCGCCGCGUCGCUGCCCCGCGCCGUGGCCGUGCGGGCGGACGUCGCCGACGAGGCCGGCGCACAGUCGCUCUUCGACACCGCCCGUUCCGCGUUCGGCGGCGCAGGGGCGCACAUCCUCGUGGCCAACGCCGGCGUGCUCGACGACGCGUACCCCACCGUGGCGGGCACCGCCACCGAGUCCUUCGACCGCCUCGUCGCCGUGAACCUGCGCGGCGCGUUCCUGUGCCUCCGCGAGGCGGCGAACCGCCUCCCCCGCGGCGGCGGCGGGCGGAUCGUGGCCGUGACGUCGUCCGUGGUGGGGAGCCUCCCGGAAGGGUACGGGGCGUACACGGCGUCCAAGGCGGCCGUGGAGGCGCUGGUGCGGACGAUGGCCAAGGAGCUCAAGGGCACGCGCAUCACCGCCAACUGCGUGGCCCCGGGGGCCACGGCCACGGACAUGUUCUUCGCCGGCAAGAGCGAGGAGAUGGUGCGGCGCAGCGUGGUGACCAACCCGAUGGAGAGGCUCGGGGAGCCCGGCGACAUCGCGCCGGUGGUCGGGUUCCUCUGCACCGACGCCGCCGAGUGGGUCAACGGCCAGGUCAUCCGGGCCAACGGCGGCUACGUGUGAAUGCUAUACUCCAUUAUUCCGUACUGUGUAGUAGCAUCUUUGUUAACCUUCUUUGCAUUUCCAUGAUCUUGUUCUUGUUGAUGCCUUCUUUGCCCUGCACUGUGUCGCCAUCUUAUUGUCUUCGAUCCUGGCAUUUUCUUUAGCAAUGGUGGAUUUCACUAUGUAUCGUGCGAGACUUCAGGUCAUGCCCCCACUCUCAUCUCUCUGCAAGCUCCGCCGCUGAGUCUUUGGCCUCUUGUUCCUGCAGUCACAACAUCCCAACGAUCAAGUUCACCCAAUUUGCACGUAACACGCCUGAUUUGGAGGCAUCUAUGUAGCCUGAUCUGUUAUGAAAUAUAGUUUGAUUUUUUAUGUUA